AUGGCCGACCCCGUAUUGAACGACAUCUCGCACAGGCGCUUCAACCUACUACGCGGCAGUUGGAUAUUAGUUUCUCCGCAUCGUACAAAGCGGCCAUGGCAAGGCUCCCAGGAAUCGCCAACCAAGACUACGCUGCCAGAGUACGAUGAAAAGUGCUAUCUAUGCCCUGGCAACACUCGAGCAAAUGGAGAGCACAAUCCCAAGUUCGAAGACACCUAUGUCUUUGUCAAUGACUACAGCGCCGUCAUGGAAGAGCAGCAGGAGUAUCGCCCCGACAGCAAAGACGGAUCUCUGGCUUCUCGACUACUCCGUGCUGAAGCCGUGACGGGAAAGUGCUACGUCAUCUGCUUCUCACCCUCCCACAACCUCACGCUGGCCGACAUGACGCCCAGCCAGAUUCUUCCAGUCGUCGAAACCUGGACGAACAUCUACGCCACACAUCUGGACCCGAAAUCGCCAUUGGCUAAACUUGCCGCUGCGAUGCAGCUACCCCAGCUCUCUCAGGGCCCUCUAUCUGCCCCAAACGCCCAAUAUCGGUAUAUGCAGAUCUUUGAGAACAAGGGCACAGCCAUGGGCUGCUCGAACCCGCAUCCUCACGGACAGGUCUGGACUACUACUUCGCUCCCAGAAGAGCCAGCCAUGGAGUUGGUGCAACUAAGCAAGUACCGGAGAGAACACAACGGCUGCCACAUGCUGGUCGAUUACGCGCAACUCGAGUCUCAAGAGAAGAUUCGCACCGUCUUCGAGAACGAGAGCUUCUGGGCCGGUAUUCCAUACUGGGCAGUCUGGCCCUUUGAGGUGAUGAUUGUAUCUAGGCAACACAAGCGAUCCCUAGUCGACUUUACCAAAACCGAGCGUGCACAAUUAGCCGAGUGCAUAGCAGAAGUCACUAGGCGAUACGACAACCUCUUUGAAACGCAAUUUCCCUACAGCAUGGGUAUCCAUCAAGCUCCCCUUCAAGGAACAGCAGAUGAGCUCGAAUCCAGCCAUUUCCAUAUUCACUUUUACCCACCCCUACUUCGAAGCGCCACGAUCCGUAAAUUCCAGGUCGGUUAUGAGAUGCUCGCUGAACCACAGCGUGACAUCACCCCUGAGCAGGCUGCCGAGCGCCUGCGAGCGUGCGGCGGUGAACUCUACCGCAAGAAGCUCGAAGCUUCACCAACCAACGGUGUCAAUGGUGUGAAUGGAGUCAACGGUACCAAUGGUAUCAAUGGCCACCAUUGA